AUGAACGGUCCUAAUCGUCCCCGACCGCCUCCCCCCGCAGACCCGCGACGCGGGGGCGACCCUCGCAAUGGCGCAUCUGAUUCCAUGUCGAGAGCCGAGAAGUUCGAAGACGAGAAGAAACGCAUUAUUCAGAGUUGUUACUCGAAGAAAGAUACUGAUGGAACCUUGAACGAGUCCUAUAUUACCCACGUUCGCAUCACGGAAGAUGGCACGCACCCUUCUACCCCUGCCCCACCAACCGUGGCGCCUGAAAAUAAAAAGCCCCGAGUAAUCAUUGUUUCCGUCCGGAAGUCUGGGAGGGUUCGAAUGCAUAAGGCUCGUGAAAAUAAUGAUGGAUCUUUCUCAAUUGGCAAGACGUGGAUGCUUGAUGACCUGACCUCAAUCCAAUCAUAUACCGCAUUCGUCCCAAGAUCACCCGUCGAGCAACAACAUAAGGAAUGGGCCGGGACCCUUGGAUUCCUGGUGACUGUGGGAAAACCCUAUUACUGGCAUGCUCGGAGUGCCAAGGAAAAAGAGUUCUUUAUCGGCAGCCUAGUCAAGAUCUACAAGAAAUAUACCGGUGGAAAAGUUCCCAAUCUGAUCGGCUUCGAUGAGAGGGAACGGCAAGCGCUAGUCGGAACAGCCUCAUCAGGAUCUCCAGUACCACCGCCAUCACGGAGUGGUCCUGCUCCACCCCCAGACGUUGCACCUCCCGCCCAGCCGCCGUCUUCUUAUGGCGGCCGUGAUCCUAGCCGUGAUGGAUCGCGUGAAAUUAGACGGAAACCCUCCGAGGAGCCGCCUCUUCGAUCCCAGAAAAGCCGAGAACAGAUGUCACGCCCAUCUACGGGAUCCAGACCUCCUGCACCCUCUCCAUUUGGACCUCAAAAUCCGCCACCUGCCAUCUCUCCACCCCAGCGCGCAGAGCCAAAGACCUUUUUUGACACAGACGAAAGCCGUCUUAGCAUGCAAGAUGAGGCUCGGCCAUCCUCAUCACGAAGUGGCCAACCUUCAACGCUUGCAGCACAACCCGUCGAGGCUAAACAUCUGGAUUCACAACCCAGCGCUGAUGCUCUGCGACCCACUACUCCGGGUUCACUUGCAGGUGAUACUCAGGGUGCAGGCCCAAGCCCUAGCCAGUAUAAACCAUAUCGUGAACCUGUCGACAAGGCACCCGCGAUGGAAAACCCGCCGCAACCGCCACUGGAACAGAAUGUGCCCCAAGAAGUUUCUCCGAUGGUACUCGCCGACGAACCGAAGGAAGCACCUUUCCCCGAAACAGAGGCAGCACCCGCGCCACCGCUUGUUGACCCGGCAGUGGCAUCAGAAGCGAUGGCAGCAUACGACACCUCUGCAUCGGCUACAGAGUCAGCCGUGGAGACGCCAAAAGAACCAGCCUCGGCGACCGCAUCCGACAAGACACAGGAAGGUGACGAGCCUCACCGUCCAGGGUUAGGCCCUAUGAUUAAGAAAAAGUCGGCCAAAGACGUCGCAGGUGCCUUCCGUAAAGCUGCAAAUCUGCAUGGCGCUUUCAAGCCGCGACCUGGUGGAGCUGGUGAGCGGCUCCUUGCGGCGGCCAAAAAGCAACAAGGGCAAGCACAGGGUCCUGAGCCAGAUGGUAUCACCGGCGUCGUCCCGGCCCCUUUUCUUUCUCGCACCGAUAGCGAUACACCUAAGAGUCCCGUGGGUGAUGCGAUGGAGAAGGGAUUACCAGUAUCAACACCACCAGCACCACUCCCUCCAAUGCCAGCGGCUGUGGAGCAACCUCAAAAGGUGGAGACGCCAACUGUUGAGGUUACAGACCACGCAACAGAGGAGGCAGCAGCUCUCCCGCUCCCCAGUGAAGGAUCUAAAGACUCAUUGACGGAAGUUGGUCGGGUGGAAACUCGUUCAAGAACUCCAUCUCCGGCAGCCCAAGGCCGCCGACGUCGACGCCGUGAAGAUCACACCCUCAAAUACUGUCAAAUCCUUGGAAUUGACGCGACUGUGCUAGAUGGUCGUGGUAUUGACUUUGACGAAAUCCUUACCGAUCUCGGCUGGAACGGACGGUUGAGUGACGAGCAAAAGAUUGAGGAUUUGGAGGCAGAUGUGCGUCGUGAGAUUGGACGUGUCGAAGCAACAAGUUGGCUGGGCAAUCUGGAGCAGCAAGAAGGAAAAGUGGAACAACUGGCGGUUCUUAUCAACAAGACGAUCGAAGAGUGUGAGGAGCUAGACGGACUACUAACGCUUUACUCACACGAACUCAACACCCUUAAUGAAGACGUAUCGUAUAUCGAAGCUCAGUCGCAAGGCUUGCAGGUGCAGACUGCAAACCAGAAGCUCUUGCAGAGCGAAUUGCAGAAUCUCCUCAAGACGCUUUCCAUUUCCUCCGCUGAGAUGCGCCCACUCAAGGAGGCCACUCUAAGCAACAUGGACGGCUUGAAGAGCACCGAAAAUGCAUUGUCGACCCUCUACAAGGCCAUGCUCAUGAUCGAUGCCGAUAUUGGGCAAAACAAGCAGCGGCAAGCAGACGCCAGUGUUGGUGUUUACGCUAAUACGGAGAUUGGCCAGAUGCGGGCAAUUAAACAAAAGAAGGAGGAGUACCGUUCCACCGCACUGGCGUUCUUGCAACGCCUCAAGCAAUUCAUGUCACUUGCAUUCAAGCUGGCAGAGCAGAAACGCACUGAGACUAUGUCUUCGGUCUCAAAGGAUCCUCAGAAACUGGACAACGCGGCGCGGCAGGCAGGCCGUGGCGAGAUCUGGAUGUUUAACCCUCUCAUGCUGUUCGCUCGAGAAGUGAGCACAUCCGAGUGGCAUAGUCUGCUUCACCAAUACGAGCAGCAGUCCAAGUCAUCGUACCAAAAUGAGUUCCGCGACAAUAAUCUGGCCUGGAAGAGGACGGCUCGCAAGCCUACCGGAGAUGAGCAAGAGCUUCUUUUCACGCACCAAGAGAAGGAAAAGGAAGGCGAAGGCAUCACCAUGGCCGCUCGAAAGCUUACUGUUCGACGAGGCAAAACGGUUCGAGCUGCCGCAGGGCACCGCCUGGGCUCUGGGGAAAAGAAUGUUGCCAAGGGUAAAGUUGAGCCGUGCGAGGCGUUCGCCGGAUCGCUGCGUGAGACCUUGAACAUGAUCACCGAAGAGCAGAAUUUUGUUGUUCAAUUCUUCCAUCUCGACUCCCUUGCUACCACCGAAUACUCUGAUCUUAUUGCUUCACAACCUCCGGAACACCGAUCCUGCCCAGAUUUCUCUGCAAAGCAAUCCCAUGACCCGGAUCGCGCAAUGGCAAAGCGGGUCGAGGGAGUCAUGGACGAGCUCUAUUCCUUUUGGCCAAAUGAUAUCCAAAGCAUGGUGGAUUGGGCUCUGCAGGCUGACCCUAUGCAAGGAAUCGGGAUUUUAUUUGCUAUCGAGGCGGCCAUGGCCGAUCUCGACGAUACCAAUCAAGAGUUCAUUAUUCACAGUCUUCAGAAAAUGCACUCUCGCCUGAUGGGACUGUUCAACCGAUUUGUCGAUGAUCAGAUCCGUGGCGUGGAGGACACCAAAGUCAAAAUCAACAAGCGAAAGGGAGUCAUCUCCUUCAUGCGUGUUUUCCCCCACUUCUCGACUGCGGUUGAGAACAUGUUAUCACAGCCAUCGGGUGAAUUCUGUGACAUUCGAAUCAGCGUUAAUGACGCUUAUGAGCGAAUCAACCGAGCCAUGUGGGAGUCGCUCAAGUUCAUCGCCAAGGAAGCUCCCGGGCAGCCACCAGGCGUCUCUGCCAGCGCCGGAGACCCCGAAGACAAAGAGAUUCUGAACCACCACAUUCUUCUCAUCGAGAACAUGAACCACUACGCGGAGGAAGUUGAUGUGCAUAACCUGCCCGUUCUCCAACGUUGGGUGGACAAAGCCCACCAAGAUUUCGCCGAACAUAUGAAACUCUACCUUGACGCCGUCAUCCACCGACCGCUCGGCAAACUGCUCGAUUUCAUCUCGUCGAUUGAAACGAUUCAGGCCAAUGGGAGUACUGCCGACGUCGCCUCCCGUACCAGUCAUUCUCGGGCCGUGGCUAAGAAGGUUCUCUCCUCGUAUGAUUCCAAGGAAAUCAAGCGCGGCAUUGAAAUGCUUAAGAAGCGGGUGGAGAAGCAUUUUGGCGAUGCGGAUGACCCUGGAUUGAGCCGCAGCCUGGUGAUUAAGGUUCUGCGCGAAUGUGAGGGGCGGUACGAGGAUGCCUGGGACCGCACACGUCGUAUUAUCGACACGGUGUAUGAAGGGCAGUUGGAGCUGGAGUGGCGUAAGGAGGACUCGGCAGCGAUGUUCCGGAGAUAA